AAUUUGUUAAAUGCGUACUUCGUCACGACAAAACGUUAAAUUUGGAAUAUUCAUAAUAUUGGAUAUACGUAAACUGUUUUAGGAAGAUACGUUUAUUAUGUGAUAUCAAGGUUUCAAAAUGUAAACCUUAUAAAGGAUAAUCGAUAGAUUUAUAAUUACAUAGGGGUUUUAGGAUAUUAUAAAGCCAGAAUAAGGAUACUAAAAUGACAAUCCUUUAUCGUUUAGGUGUAUUUCUGAUUUUAUGGAAUGGGGUUACCCAUGCGGGUGUAAUAACAGCGGGCAGUUCUUUUCAAUGGGGAUUUAAAGAGAGUGUACGUGUACCGGAAGAAUUAUGUUUCCAGUCGUGUUCAGGCCGUGUUAAACUAAUAUCUGUUGUACCUUCCUAUUGUUCAGCUUGUUUUGACGUCUGGGAAAAGGGUGCUGAUCAGUGUUUGUAUUAUGUUCCCCGUACAACUAAACUAGACUAUAGUAAAGCGGCGAGUUAUACUAUACAGAUACAAUGUGAAGAUGGCGCCGUCAACCCCGAAGCAACAGUACAUCUCAGUGUUAUACCAAAUUUCCCUCCACGAUUUACAGCCGCAACAAAUACGAUCACAUUGGACAUUAAUCCGGACCUAAAAGCUAAUGAUGUUGUUUACUUAAUACCUCAUACGGAUAGUGAAACUGAUGUUCUUAGUUUCGAAGUAACAGAACAACCAAAUAAUGGCUUCUUCAGGGUGGACAGUAACGGUAACCUCAAGGCCAUGAAAAACCUGAACACCUUUUGUUCAGCUGAAACUUUGCAGGUCUCUAUGACUGAUCAUCAUAAUCCGAAGGUUUACCUUACAAUUAAAUUAAACACAGGUACCAACAGUCGACUUAUUUUAAAAGACUGGAAUAAGAGUAUCACUUACCAAGAAAACAAGAAACUCGACCUGUAUAUAGCCGACAGGUUGCCAGCGCCAGGCAACUGUUCCGUUCGGUCAGAACCCACCAGUAUAGCCCAUGAUCUUACUCUAUACUGCCCAGCCGGAAUAGAUAGAUCAUCUCAUAUAUUAACCAACAGCCUGACCUUUGACUUUGAGAAAGAUCCACCAAUGAAUAUAACGCUUACUUACGACAACGGCAACUGUCCAUCCAAUACACGGUGGCUGUACAUAUAUUGGAGCGACGUACCCGAAAAACCGUUGCUGACACUAACCACCCCUGAAUACAAUGUCAAUGAAGGUUUUAUUGAAGUUCAACCAGAUUAUUCUAUAACUGAUGAAGAUUUAAAUGAGAAACACACCUAUUCUUUCUAUGGAAAUGCCAACGGGGCCUUCAGCAUUGCUGCUUUAACAGGAAAGAUAACAACCCUAGGCUACCUGCGAGCCACAGCCAAAUCUACUCUUUAUACAUUCCAAGUCCAAGUCACUGAUAAAUCCGGGUUGAACUCUGACCCCGUUCGUGUUUUUAUUAGCGUAUCAGACAUUAAUGAUCAUAAACCAGUCUUAGCAAUCUUUGAGACACUUCUCCAGGCCACAGAAUGUCAAGGUCCAGCCAAGUUUCUAACAUUAACAGCAACUGAUGAGGAUUUUGACCAAAACAAGAAAAUCGAGUUUAUUCGUGUGGAAUCAGGCAGUAUGCUUAUCAACAGAAAUGGAGAGGUUUUCUUGACUAAACCUGUCAUUGCUGGGCAGUUUCAAGAACUAACUGUUACAGCCAGAGAUAAAGGUGAACCUCCUCUAGAAAGUGACAAGGUAACGAUUACUCUGCGUGGAAUGCCUUGUCCUACCACCUCUACGCCGCCACCACCCCCGACGACGCAGCCACCCCCGCCAACAACAACGCCAACAACAACGCCAUUACCAACCACGACAGAAAGCAGAGCAGCUCUGAAUUUGCCGUGGUGCAGUUUACAAACUCUCUUUAUCAGCACCAUUUUAAUAAAAUUUGCGAUGUAUUAAAUAUUAUUAUAAUAGAUUUUAACAGGACAGAGGAGCAACAUGACAGAUUUUCACAUACAAUUUAACAAAUAUUUUAACACGUCUUUGGCUUGAUUAUGACUAGAGAAUUGAGGCUGUUAUAAAAGAUACAAAUGUGGAUGUGUCUUUAAAGCCCUCUGCGAAUUAUUUUACAAAGGGUUUAAGGUGGUUGUCAAGGUCUGUUUUAAACAUUAAUUUUGAUGACAAUUUGCCAAAUGUACGCACUAAUUUGUCGGUCUGAUUGAAACCAUAACAAUUGUUUUAGUUCUUUCUACUGUUUUCGUGGGCAUUUCUAUUAACUUUAUCAAGUGACGUUUAUAACUCGACGUCCAUAAUAUUGCCUUACGCACACUGCACGAAACAUUUUGCCUUAUUUUACAUCAAACUAAAUUCUCAGACCUUCACUGACUUGCCAAAAUACAUCUUCCAAUAAUUUCAAAAAGACGAGAUUACCAUAUAGUGCCAAAUAUAUAUAUAUUUUCCUUUUGUGUUUGUAAGAGUAACAGAAUUGUAUUAAAUAUUUAUUGUCUUA